CAAGUCAAACACUGAUCUGGUUAUGGCCAAGACGUGUGGCCGAAACAAACAACCGAUAUCCCGUUUCCACAUGCUAAGUUAUCUGUGGUGACAAAUAUUGGCGCUUCGAUAAGAUAUCGUUUAGCAGCAGCCCAGCAUCCGACAUUAUCAGUUAGUCAGUGUCUGGCCAAGUUAACGGACGGACCCACCGGAUUCACGUGUUUAAACAGUGCUACAAUGUCCACAAUCGAGAAUGAGGUGACCUUCCGAAAGCAGGCGGAAGUGAAUCAGAAUCUGGAGGCCCAGUUUCGCAGCUCCUCCACAGACUUUAUACUGAUCACAGAUCAUCGCACGUCCAAGUACAAGAGCCUCGAGCAAUUGGAGGCAGCCAAGCAGGAGGAGGAGUUAAAGCCCUCCUGUUGCACGAACUAUGUGCGGAAUACAUUUCGCAUGAAGACGCUGAAGAAGCGUCUGCCCAUAAUUAGCUGGUUACCCAAGUACAACAAAGCAGAUGCCAUUGGAGAUAUUAUAGCGGGCUUUACAGUGGGUCUGACAGUUAUACCCCAAGGCCUGGCCUACUCCGGCGUGGUGGGUCUGCCCGCAGAGUCUGGACUCUAUGGAUCGUUUCUGGGCUGCUUUGUGUACGUGUUGUUGGGCACUUGCAAGGAUAAUACGAUAGGAAGCACAGCUGUGGCCUCAUUGAUGACAUUUCAGUUUGCUCAAGGAUCCUGGGCACGUUCUGUGCUGCUCACCUUCCUCACCGGCAUCAUUGAGAUUCUGAUGGCCGUCUUCAAAUUGGGCUGUUUGGUGGAAUUCGUUUCGGGCCCGGUCAGUGCAGGAUUCACCAGUGCCGUUUCGUUGAUUGUGCUCACCUCGCAGAUGAAAUACAUUUUGGGAGUAAACGCGGAUGGUGCGUCCUUCCUGCAGAACUGGAUUAGCAUGAUGAACGACAUAAGGAACAUACGCAUUUGGGACACUUGCCUGGGAUUCGGUUGCCUGGCGCUGUUGCUGCUGAUACGCAGCCUGAGCAGGAUUCGAAUUGGACCCAAGGAGAAGGAUCAACGCAGCCGACUACAGUGUGUGCUCAAUGAGGUGAUCAAGUUUGUGGGUGUCACACGGAAUGCUUCGAUUGUCAUAGGUGCCACCUUGGUGGCCAUGUAUCUGGAGGGGAAUGGUAACAAUCCGUUCCGCUUGACAGGCUACAUUCCACCAGGACUACCGAAGGUGUCGCUCCCUCAGUUCUCGAUUGAGGCACAACACGGCAAUGCCACAGCCGGCAUUCCAGAAGUGUCCGGUGAAAGUUUCUUCGAGAUGGUUCAGAGUUUGGGCUAUGGCCUGAUCAUAGUGCCCAUUAUAGCGCUGCUGGAGAACGUGUCCGUCUGCAAGGCUUUUGCCAAGGAUAAACAGAUUGACAUUAGCCAGGAACUGUUUGCUACCGGUGUGGCAAACAUUGCCAAUUCCCUGGUGAGCGGAUAUCGCAGCAAUGGAGGCUUGGCUCGUUCCGCCGUCAACAAUGCCAGCGGAUGUCGCACCAACAUGUCCAAUCUGUACAUUGGCAUUAUUGUGGUGCUGUCCAUCAGCUACCUCACCGAGUACUUCUUCUUCAUUCCGAAAGCGGUUCUGGCAGCUAUUAUCAUAUCCGCCGUGGUAUUCCAGCUGCAAUAUCAGAUCAUUAUGCCCAUGUGGCGCAGCAAACGUUCCGAUCUUGUGCCUGGCGUUCUGGCUUUUAUCACCUGUCUGGUGCUGCCCCUGGAGAUUGGCAUCAUGGUGGCCAUUGGAGCCAAUCAGCUCUUCAUACUCUAUCAUUCGGCCCGUCCCAAGGUCACUCUGGAGCAGCUGGAGACGGAGCAGGGCAUUAAGUUUAUAAAGAUCACACCGGAUCGCUGCUUGAUAUUUCCCUCCGUGGAGUUCGUUAGGAACAUGGUGCUCAAGUCUGGCAGCAAGACAACGCUGCCCGUGGUCAUCGAUUGCACCUAUAUCUAUGCUGCUGACUUCACCGCUGCCAAAGUCAUCUCCUCCAUGUUGGACGACUUCCGUCGACGUCAGCAAAAGAUUAUCUUCUUCAAUCUCAAGCCGAGUGUGGUCAGCAUCUUUGAGGGACUCAAGACCAAGCUGGUGCUCUGCUACAACACCCAUGCACUCAAUCUGGAACUUUUGCCAAAUGCUACAGAGAAUCUCUCGCGCUCAGUGGACUCACUGGACAAUGUGGAAGGAGGCGAGAGUGUUAGCAUGACGAGCAACAGCACUUUAUCCCUGGCGAGAUUCUAACUAAAGUCCAGCUCUUGGCAUUUAUUCGAAAUUGCAUGAAUAUUAGUCAAGUAGAAUUCUCUAUAUUUUUCCACCUUCUGUCUGUCUCUAAACGUCGAUCUCAGACACUAUAAGAGCUAGAGGCUCCAAAAAUGAUGUAUAGGUUCCUGGAUACCAUAAGCACAACACCGACAUGUUAAUUUUUGAAUAGCUUAAAUUUUAAUAAAGUUCUUUGCAUUAUAAUGUAAAGAGUCUUCUCUAAAUAGUAAUAAAUUAGUAAUAAAUAUAACAUUGACAACAUCUUAAA